GGGCCAGGAAGUGGGAGGGUGGCCGUCGCCCUGGUUCCUGGUCGUGGGCCCCAGAGAGCUCGGGAAUAAAAGGCGAAACAAACAUUCAGACCUUUCUGCUGACAGAGUCUGACCUUUGGCUGUUUUCCUUGGACGGGAGGCUCUGCCGGCCUUCUGUGCCCUCAGCAUCGUGAAGAGGGUCUGUGGGCUUGGCUUGCCAGGCAACCUCUCUUUUUUUUCAUCCAGAAGAUCACUGGGCUGGCCACUUGCCCCCUAGGACUGGGCCGGUUCACAGGUCCUUGCAGUAGGCUUCGACACCAAAAAAAACAGACUGUGAACCAGGAAGAAGAAACAUUCCUAGUCUUUUGAAUUAAAACUGAGAAUCCAUCUACAUCGAACUUCCAUAGAAAGGAAUCAUGAACAUCGAAGCAUAUUUUGAAAGAAUUGGUUAUAAGAACUCGAGGGACAAAUUGGACUUGGAAACAUUAACCGACAUUCUUCAGCACCAGAUCCGAGCCAUUCCCUUUGAGAACCUUAACAUCCACUGUGGGGACGCCAUGGAAUUGGACUUAGAGGCCAUUUUUGAUCAAAUUGUGAGGAGGAACCGGGGUGGGUGGUGUCUCCAAGUCAACCACCUCCUGUACUGGGCUCUGACCACGAUGGGUUUUGAGACCACCAUAUUGGGAGGGUAUGUUUUCAACACGUUCACUGACAAAUACAGCAAUGCCAUGAUUCACCUCCUGCUGAAGGUGACCAUCGACGGCCGGGACUACAUAGCCGAUGCUGGAUUUGGACGGUCUUAUCAGAUGUGGCAGCCUCUAGAGCUAAUCUCUGGGAAGCACCAGCCCCAGACACCUUGCAUCUUCCGCUUGACCGAAGACAGAGGAACCUGGUACCUGGACCAAAUCAGAAGAGAGCAAUACAUCCCAAACCAAGAAUUUCAGGAUUCCGACCUCUUGGAAAAGAAUGAGCAUCGGAAAAUCUACUCGUUUACUCUUGAACCUCGAACAAUUAAAGACUUUGAGUCUGUGAACACAUACCUUCAAGAAUCUCCGGCAUCUGUGUUUACAAGCAAGUCAUUUUGCUCCUUGCAGACCCCAGAAGGUGUUCAUUGCUUAGUGGGUUUUACCCUCACCUACAGGAGAUUCAAUUAUAAGGACAAUACAGAUUUGGUAGAGUUUAAGACACUGAAUGAGAAAGAAAUAGAAGAAAAUCUAAAAAACAUAUUUAAUAUUUCCUUGGAGAAAAAGCUUGUCCCCAAACAUGGUGAUAAAUUUUUUACCAUUUAGAGGAAGCAAUAAAAAUGGUCUCAUGAUUACUGCUGGUGCUGUGACUUUUUAAUCACAAAAAAUUUAAAUGUCAAUAAAAGUUGUUUUGUUAUUGUU